ACCCAUUUCGUGGUAAAGCUAUUUCAAAUGUGUCUAUGCACUCCGCAAGUUUCGCCGGAGAAGCUGUCGCUUCUGAAUAUUAUAAUUUGGCGCGGGUGAUUCGUAAUGUGGUUGAUAUCGUCAAGAACGACCCUUGACACCACCAUUCUCUCGACUCAACACAUGAACAGCUCAAACCACAGUGAAAGCCACGCAUUGAGCACGUUUCUCUUAUCUGUCAUUUAGUAUUUCCACGAGUUAUAUCGCAUUUGAUCCAGAGCAUCUCUUGUAGAAAGCUAUUUCGUCACAAUGCCUUCCCAAGAGGCCAUCGUUCCAGCCGGAAUUACUGCUACCAUUCGCGGAGGCAAUACUGAGGCUCAGACUAGAUGUCUCAAGCCUCUCGUUAACUCUGGUUCCCUUGACAAAUUUAACCAUGCGGAUCUAACACCAGUUAUUGGCAGAGAGUUCACUGGCGUUCAGGUUGUAGACUUCCUUGGAGCUGACCAGCAGCUCAUCGAUGAUUUGGCUAUCACAAUCUCAGAACGUGGCGUCGUCGUUUUCCGGGCCCAAGAUAUUACCCCGCAGCAAAUGAAAGAGCUUGCUGAGAGGAUUACCCAAGCCGGAGGGGCACCUGAAUCAUCUGGCCUCCAUAUUCAUCCGUUAACAGAGGCUGGUAGCGAGCUCGGUGACCAGAUCAGUGUCAUUAGCAGCGAGAAGCAAAAGAAGGGCGGCGGACUAACUCAUCAGCUGAGCGACGUAUCUCGCUUUGCCAGUGCUGGAUGGCAUUCGGAUAUUACCUUUGAACCCGUGUCAUCUGAUUAUGCUAUGCUUAAAAUCCACACCCUGCCCGCCUCAGGUGGUGACACGCUUUGGGCCUCUGGAUACGAAAUCUAUGACCGCCUAUCACCAGCAAUGCAGACAUUCCUAGAGGGCUUGACUGCAACCCACGAUGCGAGGUUCUUCCUUGAUGAAGCAGAGCGGCUUGGGAAUCCUCUUCGAGAUGGCAUCCGUGGCUCGCCGCUGAACUUUGGUUCCAAGCUCCAAGCCGAGCAUCCCGUUAUUCGUACCAACCCUGUCACGGGGUGGAAGUCAGUAUUCGUAAAUAAAGGGUUCACAACUCGCCUUAACGGCGUAACAAAAGACGAGUCAGAUCUGCUCCUGGGCUAUCUUUUCAACAUUGUUACACAGAAUCACGAUGCGCAAGUGCGAGUGAAAUGGAACAAAAACGACCUCGCGAUUUGGGACAACAGAUCUAACUGGCACUGUGCGACGUAUGAUUACGAAGCUGCCAGAGCUGGUGAUCGAGUCUGUUCCUUGGGCGAAGCACCGUAUCUGGAUCUAAACAGCAAAAGUAGGAGGGAGGCUUUAUCUUUGUAGAUACAAAGAUGGUGGGAAUCAAGUUAUGCGACAAACGAACGACCAUGCGGAAAUUUCAUCAUUCGAGUAAGUAUUGUUACGAGCUUUGGGGCUCAUUUGAAGGCCAGAAACAUAGUAUAUAACUUAUUACAAUAAUCAAUUAACAGUCUAUCUACU